GGGAGCCCUUCGCCCACUGGCUCGCUCCAGUCGCCGCCGUCCGGCCGAGCCCCAGCUCCGGAGCUGCCGCUGCCGCUGCCGGGACAUGGUCCUCUGCGUUCAGGGGCCUUGUUCUUUGCUGGCUGUGGAGCGGAUCGGGCAGCGGCCCCUGUGGGCCCAGUCCCUGGAGCUGCCCGAACCAGCUAUGCAGCCUUUGCCUGCCGGGGCCUUUCUGGAGGAAGUGGCAGAGGAGACCCCAGCCCAGCCGAAGAGUGAGCCCAAGGUGCUGGACCCAGAGGAGGACCUGCUGUGCAUAGCCAAGACCUUCUCUUACCUCCGGGAAUCUGGCUGGUACUGGGGUUCCAUUACGGCCAGCGAGGCCCGGCAACACCUGCAGAAGAUGCCAGAAGGCACAUUCCUCGUCCGCGACAGCACCCACCCCAGCUACCUCUUCACCCUGUCAGUCAAAACCACCCGAGGCCCCACCAAUGUGCGCAUCGAGUACGCCGACUCCAGCUUCCGCCUGGACUCCAACUGCCUGUCCAGGCCACGCAUCCUGGCCUUCCCCGACGUGGUCAGCCUGGUGCAGCACUAUGUGGCCUCCUGUGCCGCCGACCCCCGGAGCGACAGCCCUGACCCUGCACCCACGCCGGCCCCGCCUACUCCGAAGGAGGAUGUGCCCGGCGACCCGGCGCUGCCCGUGCCCACAGUCACGGCCGUGCACCUGAAGCUGGUACAACCGUUUGUGCGCCGAAGCAGUGCCCGCAGCCUGCAGCACCUGUGCCGCCUCGUCAUCAACCGCCUGGUGGCUGACGUGGACUGCCUGCCGCUGCCCCGGCGCAUGGCCGACUACCUCCGGCAGUACCCCUUCCAGCUCUGACCUGCCAGUAUGGCUGCCGGGCCUCAUCCGGCCAUACCCUGGAGGGGACGCCAGCCCCAGCUGGACUUGGGCUCUCGUCAUCCCUCCUCAGGUCACCCGGUGUCUGUGUGCACCUGACCAGCUGGAGCAGGAAGAGUCAGCAGGAGCGAGGCUACAGGGGUGGGGGAUGUCUGGAAAAGCAUCCCACAACCUAGAAGUCAGCCCCCCCAACCCCCAUGUGGCUGGGGUGAGCCAUGGGUCAGAAGAGAGGGAGACAGGCAGGACCUGUCUCAUCCUGUGGGCUGGGCCCAGGCCCCCACUUGCCUGCUAUGGCCUCCUGAACUAUGUAGACUUUGCCGGCCCUGGUUUCUCAGUCCACAGGGGUAGGGCGGGCCCCCUCCUUCCAGCCACCCUGUCUCAGUGCAGAUGGUGGCUAGAGGAACUGAGGCUGGCAGUGACGGUCCCCCCAGUGGGGGAAUAGGCCAGGCUGGGGGACUGCCAAGUUAUACAGUAUUUAUUUAUUUAUUCUCUUUGGGUUAGUCUCAAGCUGACCCAACCCCACGUCUCUGCCCUGAGCCCCAAGUGCUCUCGAGACCCCAGCUCUGCCCCAGCUUCUCUGGUUCUUCCUUGUGGAAAGCCCCACCCUGAGACCUGUUGCUGGACCCAAGGCAGUUCUGGAUAUCCUGGCACUGACCCACCUACCUGUGAAUGUGUCCCCCACUCUUCUGCCCCCAGCUCUGCUUUGGAAGGGUAGAUAAAUGGACAAGAAAAUAGGAGCCUGGACGUCAGUGCCCAGCAGAGCCCACCUCUCCCCACCCCUGCAGGGCAGAGCCCUACCUGCACAGAGCUGGUCUGGCUGGGCCACGGGCCUGCGGGAGCGCGCGGGUCGCCCCGGGUGUGCUGGGCCCACUUCCUGCCUGGGAAGGCACCUGCACGUGAGAGGAAAAGGCAUACAUAUCUGUAAGACUUCAUCAAAUAAUUAUUAUAACAAGCAGAGCCCAGUUUGGUAGUCUUUUUUCUUCUACUGAUUUUUCUGUAUUGACAAUAAAAUUGUACUUUUCAUUUAAGGA